AUGGCCGUACCACGAUACAACGACAAGAACCGGCCGGCCGCUAAGGGCGGCCCGCAAGGUGUCCAAAGGUCGUACGCAUCUUCGCUGAAAGAACAGGAGCCACUGUUCAACAGCUACGAACAUCUGCAAGGACUGCCGCGUGGCGAUGCGGCCCUCACUAUGCUCCGCAAAGUCGCUUCACUGGUCAAGCCGAUCAUGAGAAAGCGAGGGUGGAAGGUUCAGAUUCUGGCGGAAUUCCUACCUCCGGAGGCAAACUUGCUUGGCCUCAACGUCAACAGGGGUUUCAAGAUAUGCAUCCGGCUUCGGUAUCACAACAACCCGGACCUCUUCCUCCCGCUGGAGCAGGUAGUGGAUACCAUGCUCCACGAGCUGUCGCACAAUGCCUAUGGGCCACACGACACGAACUUCCACCGGCUGUGGGACGAACUCCGAGACGAGUGGGAGACUCUAACUCGCAAGGGCUACACCGGCGAAGGCUUCCUCUCCGACGGCAAGCGGCUUGGUGACAGCAGGCACGUGCCUCCGCCGCACGAGAUGCGCAGGCUUGCACGAGCGAGUGCGGAGAAACGGCAAACGAAGAACAGCCUUAGUAAAGGUUCUGGCCAGAAGCUCGGUGGUACGCCCCUGCACCUCCAAGGCCGCGACGUCAGGCAGAUUAUCGCAGAUCAGGUCACUCGCAGGAACACCAUUAACAAGGGUUGUGGCUCUGGGAGGGAGGAUGCUGUGAAGAUCUCUGACCAGUCUGCGAACAACUCGUUCAAGACCAAGGCUGAGGAGGACGAUGCUAACAACCGGGCAAUUAUGGGAGCGCUCUAUGACCUCAUCCAGGAGGAAGAGGACCAGAAGCUGCAAGGCACGUUCGCCGAACCACCCUCCGACGGUGGGCUGGCAUGGCAUCCCGAGAAUGGCCUAUACGACCCCAAGACAGAGCAGCCGCCAGCUUCCCGUGGAAAGCAGCAAGAACAAGAACCUCCCAGCGAAGAAGAGCAGCUGAAGUGGGCUCUACAGCAGAGUGCCCAGUCUCCUUCCUUCACUCACACCACCAUGAAGUGGCCUCCGCCCAACCCUUUCGGUCCUGAUCGAAGCAACACCAUCCCCGGAAGCCGCUCGGAUGCUAAGCCAAGCCCUGUGUCUACUUCCAAUCCCACUGGGUCGCAAUUCAGCCCUGUCUCGCCCAUGUCGCCGGAGGCCGAGAGGCAGCAUCCGCAGAAGAGAAAAGCAGUCGAUCAAAGCUCACUCUCGGACGUUGUGAUGACUGGACCGACACGAAGCCGCACCACCCCAACAACCGCCACCGGGUCUUCGCACCCACCGCCCUCCGAAUCAGACUUGUCGCCCAUCGUCGACGUCGACAUCUCUGACCCCUUCGACCCGACAGCCGUCCCACCAGACCAGUGGACCUGCGACAUCUGCACCUGCAUCAACCCGCUGCAGUACCUCGCCUGCGACGCCUGUGGUACCGAGCGGCCAGAGAGGAUUGGCAUCGGCAAUAGAGGGCCACGACCGAAGCCUCGCCCGACUUACUCCGCUCCCCAGGUGCCUGGCAUUAAAGGCGGCAUUGCUGUGGGAGGAGAAGCGAAACAUUAA